AUGAAGUUUCACCCUCUGACUAGAGGAAACAUUACCGAAUUUAGCUUUGAUGAAGUGAAGAAGACAUUGGUGAUUAUAAUGUCAACAAUGAAGAUGGAUCAUAUUGAUGACAUGAUUCAGAGUGUACAAACCUUGAGUCUGUUUGAUAUUGAAAGCGGGAAACCAACAUUGGUAUUGGUAACUAAUGACGGUAAUCCUGAUAAGGAUAUCAAGAAUGAAGAAAGAAGAACUAACUAUUUGGCUGAUCAAAAGGAUUGGAAGGCCAGGAAGAACGCGUUUGAUAACAAUAAACGCAAUUUCUACAGAAUGAUUAUGAAGAUGUGCACGGAUCACAUGGUGGACAAGCUUGAGAGAGAAGCUGACUUUGAAAACAACCUGUUCAAUGAUCCUGUGGAGUUAUUGAUGCGGUUCAAGAAAUUUUUGACGAUUACUGUUGAUACAGAAUGGGAAUAUUUUGGAAUGUGGAAGACCAUGAGCAAUCUGAUUAAUUGCCACCAAAAGGAGAAGGAAAACAUUGCGAGUUUUUGUAAACGAUUUGAAGAAAGGGCAAUGGCAUUGCAAGCUUUGCUCCAUGAUGAUUUUUUGGACACAUUUACUGAGAAGAGUCAGGAAUAUGGUUUAUUGGGAAGCGAUGCUGAAUGGUCGCAACAUAAGAAGGAGGAAUCAUGGGAAAGAUUCAUGGCCAACCAAUUUCUGUAUAAUUCCAAUAGAGCCAAGUAUCAAUCAAGAAUUGAUGGAAUGACAGCGCAGUACACGUUGAAGCAUCUGGAUUUCAAACAGCGUUGCACAUUUCCAACUACUUUGGAAAAUGCUGCUGGUGUUUUGAAUCAACAUAAACACAAUAACAGGAAGAAGAAUUCGAAUGGAGGAAAUUCGAAUGGACAAGGAAAACAAAACAAGUCAAACGACAAUCAAAAUGACGGAGCUCAGUUUUUGCAACAACAAACUCAAGCGUGUUUUGUGUGCAGAUCGAAAGAUCAUGUUGCACCUCAAUGUGCGGACAAAUUGAAGCCACGGGAUAAGUGGAAAACCCCGGACAAAUAUAGGGAUUAUUUCAAUGAGAACGGUUGUCGUAAUUGA